GUUACUUAUAUAGACUUAUAUAGUAUAUAUAGACUUGAUAAUAUUGUUUGUAUUUAUAAGAAUUUUGCUAUGCAAUUAACUAAUAUUUUAUUCGGUGCUACACGUAGAGUGAUGACUGGUAAACAUGGAAACAAAAAUUUUUACAAAGGUCGCGGAGUUCGAAAUCCAGGUUUCAAUACUAAAUUUGGUGCAUAUCGAAUAGUACCAAAAAAGGUUCAUGAAUUUAUUGUCCCGGAUCUAACUGGCUUUCAAAUGAAACCAUAUGUGUCGUAUCGCGUGCCACAAAUUACUAAUGAAAAAGUUACUGGAGAAAGUUUGCUUAAAGAUAUUAAAACCAAUAUUGACCUUAUUGUUCAUAAAGAAGUCCCAUGAUAAUGUAAAACAUGUUUAAAACAAUUAAGAAGUCCCAUGAUAAAUGAUGUAAAACAUGUUUGAAAAAUAAAGAACUAGAAAAAUUACAUUGUUGCUAUUAUGUUUCAACAAAAAGACAUUUUAGGUUUGAUCUUCUUUGUCUGCUGUACGAAUAAUCCGAAGACUUGAAGUUGUUUUUUUGUUAAAAAUUAUAUGAAUAAAAAUUCAAGAUACCAUUA